CUCUGGCCCAGCCAAAAAGAGCCCAGCCUGGACGAAAUUUUCUUCAUUUCCUCUCUUUUUUUGGGCGAUUUUUUUUUUUUUUGUGAAAUGCUCGUCAAUGCUUGAUGGAAAUUUCGAAGCCAAUUACUCGAGGACAGGUGUCUUUUUUGCUGGGUUUUAUCCCAUUGUUUAUAGCGUGGAUAUAUGCUGAGCUCCUGGAGUAUUUAAAGAGAAGAACGGCGUCCAAAAUUGCCAGAAAUGAUGACGGAAAUGUAGGCGAAUUUGGUAUCGGUCCAUUUAGGGAAGAUGCUAAUACUCACUUACUAGAGGAUGGGCUACUAUCCCCAUCUUCGAAGACUCGGACGGCAGAAACACCCGCCAUUUUCCGAUUCCUUGUGUUGGAUAAAGAUUUCUUGGUUGAACACAGAUUGACAUUGAGAGCAAUGUCAGAGUUUGGAGCUUUCAUGGUCUUAUAUUAUCUGUGUGACCGCACGGAUCUAUUUGGAGAAUCAAAAAGGGUGUACAACAGGGACAUAUUCUUUUUUCUCUACUUUCUUUUGAUCGUCGUGGCAGCAAUGACUUCUUUUAAGGUCCAUCAUGAGACGUCCCCAGUUUCAGGGAAAUCUAUACUUUAUCUUAAUAGGCAUCAGACAGAGGAAUGGAAGGGGUGGAUGCAGGUACUGUUUGUGAUGUAUCACUACUUUGCUGCAAAAGAAAUCUACAAUGCAAUCCGUGUUUUUAUUGCUGCAUAUGUUUGGAUGACUGGAUUUGGAAACUUCUCAUACUAUUAUGUUAGAAAGGAUUUCAGCUUGGCACGGUUUGCUCAGAUGAUGUGGCGACUUAAUUUCUUUGUGGCCUUCUGCUGCAUUGUCCUUAAUAAUCAUUACAUGCUGUAUUACAUUUGCCCGAUGCACACCUUUUUCACUCUCCUUGUCUACUUCGCUCUUGGAUUUAUGAACAAAUACAAUGAUCGUGGAUGGGUAAUUGCUGUAAAAAUCGCUGCUUGCUUUUUGGUGAUUGCUGUGAUGUGGGAGGUCCCUGGUGUUUAUGAUUUUGUUUGGCGCCCAUUUGCAUUCCUUUUAGCUUACAAUGAUCCACAUGCAUCAACAAAAUAUCCACCGAUGCAUGAAUGGAAUUUUCGUGCUGGGCUUGAUCGAUACAUAUGGAUUGUGGGAAUGAUCUAUGCAUAUUAUCAUCCAACUGUUGAAAAGUGGAUGGAGAAACUUGAGGAAACUGGAGCAAAACUGAGAAUAUUAAUUAAAGCAGUUGUCAUAACAGUUUGUUUAGUGGCAGGUUAUUUUUGGUAUGAAUACAUAUAUAAAUUGGAGAAGUAUACGUACAACAGAUACCAUCCCUACACAUCAUGGAUCCCAAUAACCAUCUACAUAUGCUUGAGAAAUAUCACACAACAAUUCAGGAGCUGCACUCUCACUCUCCUCGCGUGGCUAGGAAAAAUAACACUCGAGACCUACAUAUCACAGUUCCACAUCUGGCUCAAAACUGGAGGUCCCGAUGAUCAGCCACGAGCUCUGCUAUCCCUUAUCCCCAAUUACCCUAUGCUCAACUUCAUGCUCACUACAGCGAUUUAUGUAGCGGUUGCGCAUAGGAUAUUUGAACUGACGAAUGUAUUGAAGUUGGCGUUUAUACCGAGGGAUAAUAAGCGCUUGAUGUCUAAUGUGACUUCGGCAGCUUCGUUUUGUGCCACUUUGUACUUUUCAGCUUGGUUAUUGUUAUACCUUCUUAAAAUACUGGCAUGAAAACUUUCUCCCAAAAACACAAGAGCUUCAGUUUGGUGAUGAUGAUGAUCCUGUGCAGUAAAAGUUCAAUGAAUGUAGAAUUGAGCUUAUCGUGAGUUUUAUGUGUAUAUAACGUUAUCGUCGUCGGUUGUGUGGUCUCUUUUUCUUUUUCCUUCUUUUGUUUUUUUUUUUUUUUGGUCAGAAUUGGUUGCCUAGUUUACUUAUUACCUCUGUAUCAAUGUUGUUGUAUGAUUAUAUUAAUAAAUGAAAUGUAGCUGUAUUAUUUGCAAGUUU